GCGAGCGCGGCGCGAUGUCGCUGGCGGAUGAGCUGUUGGCGGAUCUGGAGGAGGCGGCGGAGGAGGAGGAGGAUGAGGGGGGGGCAGAGGGCGAGGAAGAAGCCGCCAUCGAGGAGGUGCGGGAGGAGGCGCAGCCCGAGGGGGGGGCCGAGUCCGUCAGGAGCAUCGCCAAACUCUGGGACAGCCGCGCGUUUGCUGAGAUUAUGCAGAAGAUCGAAGAGUUCAUCGGCAAACAGCCCACGGCCGCCGAAGUUCUGGGCCCGGUGGAGGCGGCUCCCGAGUACCGAGUGAUCGUCGACGCCAACAACCUGACGGUGGAGAUCGAGAACGAGCUCAAUAUUAUCCACAAGUUCAUCCGUGACAAAUACUCCAAGCGUUUCCCCGAGCUCGAGUCGUUGGUGCCCAACGCUCUGGAUUAUAUCCGCACGGUCAAGGAGUUGGGGAACAGUCUGGAUAAGUGUAAGAACAACGAGAACGUCCAACAGAUCUUGACCAACGCCACCAUCAUGGUGGUCAGCGUCACGGCUUCCACCACCCAGGGGCAGGCGCUGUCGGAGCCGGAGCUGCAGCGCAUCGAGGAGGCGUGUGCGAUGGCGCUGGAGCUCAAUCAGGCGAAACACCGCAUCUAUGAGUACGUGGAGUCGCGGAUGUCCUUCAUCGCCCCAAACCUCUCCAUCAUCGUCGGAGCUUCGGCCGCCGCCAAAAUCAUGGGGCUGGCGGGGGGCCUGACCCCCCUCUCCAAGAUGCCGGCGUGUAACAUCAUGCUGUUGGGCGCCCAACGCAAGAGCCUCUCGGGAUUCUCCAGCACUUCCGUCCUUCCCCACACGGGAUACGUCUACCACAGCGACAUCGUCCAAUCCCUCCCCCCGGACCUGCGCCGUAAGGCCGCUCGGCUCGUCUCGGCCAAGUGCACGCUCGCCGCCAGGGUGGACAGCUUCCACGAGAGCCCCGACGGAAAGGUGGGAUUUGAGCUGAAGGAAGAGAUCGAGCGCAAGUUCGACAAAUGGCAGGAGCCGCCGCCGGUGAAGCAGGUGAAGCCGCUGCCGGCGCCGCUGGACGGACAGCGCAAGAAACGGGGCGGGCGGCGGUAUCGGAAGAUGAAGGAGCGUUUGGGGUUGACGGAGAUCCGGAAGCAAGCCAACAGGAUGAGCUUCGGAGAGAUUGAGGAGGACGCCUACCAGGAGGAUUUGGGCUUCAGCCUCGGCCAUUUGGGCAAAUCCGGCAGCGGCCGCGUCCGGCAGACCCAGGUCAACGAAGCCACCAAGGCUCGCAUCUCCAAAACCCUACAGCGUACCCUACAGAAGCAAAGUAUGGUUUACGGCGGCAAAUCCACCAUCCGCGACCGCUCCUCCGGCACCGCCUCCAGCGUCGCCUUCACCCCUUUGCAGGGCCUGGAGAUCGUUAACCCUCAAGCGGCCGAGAAGAAAGUGGCCGAAGCCAAUCAGAAAUACUUCUCCAGCGCCGCUGAGUUCCUGCGGGUGAAGAGCGAGAGGGGAGGGGGGCGCGGCCCCCCCCUCAGCCCCCCCAAAGCCUCCGGGACCCCCCAAAAUCACUAGGGAGACCCCCCCCCAUAUCUGGGAUUCCACCAUAUCUCAGGAGCCCCCCCUGACACCCCCACAAAUCCAUAGGGACCUCCCCCCCAAUAACUUGGGGUGCUCUGAGAUCACAGGGGAACCCCCCCCAACCGCAGGAU